AUGUCUUCGACGAAAUUCAGCAGCGUUGAGAAGAUAUGGCGAGCGCCCCAAAUGCCAACGCCUCUCUUCAACCCGAAAGCCAACCUGGGACGAAUUAUCCUGCACAUCCUGAGCCGCGACCCACUAAAAAUCUGCCAGAUCAGCGACAACAACGGAAUCCGCUUGACGAACCGCGAGAUCGCGUCCGACACCGAGAAGAUCGCCGCGGCGCUGAGGAGGAGAGGCUGCCGAAGAGGAGAUGUCGUGGGCUUCGUGGCCAGGAAUGGACACAACUUGACCCCAACUUUGUUCGCGGCCUUUCUUCUGGAAGCGCCGACAAACGCGAUGGACGUGGAUAAGAACGAAAGCGAAAUCUACAACAUUUUCAGCGUUACGAAGCCGAAGUUCAUCUUCUGCGAUGACGACAAAGUGUCGUUGGUGCAGAAAGUGGUGGAAAAGCUGGGAAAUGAAGCCACAAUUUUCGUGUAUGGGAGGAAAAUUUCUUCCAACAUCCACAUUGAAGAUCUUAUGAAAGAAGGCGAUAACGAUGAGCUGAGAAGAGAAGUCUUCGAAGAUUCUUGCAGAGACAGUGAAAUGAAGUAUCACGUAAUCGUUUGCUCUUCGGGAACUACUGGAUCGCAGAAAGCCGUUUGUGUGCCUUACCAAACAAUGAUCGAUGCAAACUGGGCUCAAAGGAUCAGCACUUGCCCUACGGAUUCUAUAUUCAGCUUCUGUCCCAUCUUUUGGUCUGUUUGCUACAAAAUUAUUUUCAAAAGUAUUUUCUUGGGUCUUACGCGCAUCAUCACGACAGAAUCCUUCAAUUCUGAACUUUACAUCCACAUUGUGAAUAAGUACAAAGUCAGUCACACUGUGAUUUCGGGACUUUACUUGGAUCACGUCCUGCAAUCUCCAAAAAUGACGCCAACCACCCUUGAGUCACUAAAAAGUAUCUGGUGCGGAGGAACUCUUGUCACCGGAGCCUUGUUUCAGAAGUUAUCACCCUUCAUCGCGGGGAAAGAGUUUGAAAUCUCAUACGGAAUGACAGAGAUGGGAGGAAUAUCUACCUACAUGAGCAAUCUCAGAAUGGCAGAAAGUGUAGGAAAUCUCGACCCAGGCUCCGAAGGAAUAGUCGUCAAUGAGGGAGGAAAGAAAUUGGACCCCAACGAAAAGGGAGAGCUUUGCUUCAAGUCAUUCCAUCAUUUUACCCGAUACUUGGGAAAUCCCGGAGCGACAGCAGCUUCUAAGGACGAAGAAGGAUUCUUCCACACCGGAGAUGUUGGAUUCUACGAUGAGGAUGGUUUCCUCCACAUCGUGGGAAGAUGCAAGGAAGUCAUCAAGUACUUCAUGAGCCACGUUUCUGGAUCGGAGAUCGAAAGAGUGGUGAAAAGCAUUCCGGGAGUCGCUGAAGUUGCGGCCGUUGGGAUUCACGAUCCCAAAUGCAACCAACUUCCUGCCGUUGUUGUGGCCAGGAAGAAUGGAACGAUUGUCACAGAAGCGGAGAUUCUCGAGAGAGUGGCGGAAGAACUUCCGGACAGUCACAAACUCCGCGGCGGAGUUUUCUUCGUGGAAAAACUGCCAACGACUUCUUCCGGAAAACUGAAGCGCGCCGAGGCGGAAGAAUAUGCGGAGAAGCAGCAUCAGCUGAAUAAUCAUCUUAAUAAAUAAUGACGUCGCUGAAAGCUCAGUUUCUUGGAGAUUGUAUUGUAUUAUUUCUAAUUUGUGAGCGCAAUAAAUAUGGGUUUCUUUUGUGGGAAUUUGUUAAAAAUUUCUGACUCUGAGAAACAUUCCAACUCUCGCUUCAGCUUCAUAUUGACUAUUUAUGGAAAUAUUCGAGUUAUCUGAGCCUUUAUUUUCCACCUAAGUAGAGAAAAGUGACGAAGAAGAUGAAUUGCAGGAUAAUGUGUUUCAGAAACACAACA